CAGCCUGGCCCCCGGUGAGUGCGGGAGGGCAUUGGGCAGCAGAGCCUUUCAGGAGCCUCUUCAGGCCCAGCACCCUGCUCACAGGUGGCUUUGUGACUGUUGUUCUGGGGACAAAUCCUGCCGUGCUGGGGCUGAGAGCUGGCCAGGCAGGAUCAGGCCUCGCUGGGGCUGUGCUGUGAGCCAGGUAGCUCCUGGGGGUGAGCGGCAGCGCCGGUAUAUAGGGCACUGCGCGGGCUCCGUGCCACGUGGGAGGGCGGAAAGCAGCUCGCGUGCGUUGCGGGGUGGGAGUCGGCGGCACCGGCCGCUAUUUCUGGCACUCGCUCCCUGGGGGACGUUGGGAAAGUCACCGCGUCCCCCUGGGGCUGCUCUGCCGGGGUGCUCUCUCCCAUCCCGGCUCCUUGAUGCCAGCUCCUGCCCUCCUCCCCAGCAUCUUGGGGUGCUGCUCGUCCCCUGCUCCCUCCCUUCUGUGGGCAGGAGAGGUGACACGUGGCCCGUGUCCCCCCGCUGCCAUAGGCAGGGACCUGUCCCCUCCGGCCUGCCCGGCGGCCCUGCAGCUCCGAGGGCGCCUGAGCUGCUGCGGCCGCAUCUGUCCCCGCCUCACCGCGGGGUGCUCGCGUCCCCCCAGGCAGGACUCGUGCGGCGCCAUGGACUCCAUGUUCGAGGACGACAUCAGCAUCCUGACGCAGGAGGCGCUGGGGCCAGACGAGGACUGGCUCGACAGCCCCAACACCGACCUCUCGGGCGAGAUGUGCUCGGCCUCACACUUCGCCCUCAUCACCGCCUACGACGACAUCAAGAACCGCCUCACCGGGCUCGAGAGGGAGAACUCCACGCUCAAGCGGCGCCUUAAGAUGUACGAGGUCAAGUACCCGCUGAUCGGCGAGUUCGGGGAGGAGCGCAUCUUCUCUGUCUACGAGGCCAAGGAGACAUCGCUGCUCAAGAGUGAGAAGGCGUCGCUGCAGCAGCAGCUCAACCAGUUCCAGCACGAGCUGCAGAAGAGCAAGGAGCGAGAGGAGCAGCUGGAUGAGAUGAUCCAGGCCUACGAGAAGCUGUGCGUGGAGAAGGCAGACCUGGAGUCGGAGCUGGGCGAGAUGCGGGCGCUGGUGGAGACGCACCUGAGCCGCAUCCGGAGCCUGGAGCAGCAGCUGCGGCAGCGCGACGGCGGCGCCUUCCCCGGCCUCGGCGCCCCGCUGCCGGGCCAGGAGGUGCCUUUCCUCUCCCUGCACCCCAACCCCGCGCUGAGCCACGUGCUGGAUCGGCCUGCGGGCUGGCCGAGCCGCGGGCUGGAGGCCCCGGGCCGGCUGGAGGCCGAGCUGGAGGCUGCGCGGCAGGAGGCUCAGCGCGCCCAGCACCGCGAGGAGCACCUCAAGGCCGAGUGCGAGCGGCUGCAGGCGGAGCUGAAGCACCUGCAGGACACCCGCGAGCAGGAGCAGUCGGAGCGGGACAUGGCCUGGGUGAAGAAGAUGGGCGACGACCAGGUGAACCUGGCGCUGGCCUACACGGAGCUGACGGAGGAGCUGUGCCGCCUGAGGAACCUCAGCUCCUUGCAGAGCCAAAUCCUCCGCGCGCUGCUGCAGGAGAAGAGCCUCAACGGCGGCCAGCGCCACUCCCCGCUGUCCCAGUGCCACUCGCCAGCCCAGCAGCGCCGCUCGCCCGCCCCGCAGUGCCCCUCGCCCGCGCCUGGCCGCUCCCCGGCCCCGCAGUGCCAGUCCCCGGCGCUGCAGCGGCGCUCCCCGGCCCCCCAGUGCCAGUCGCCCGCCCAGCAGCGCCGCUCGCCCGCCCCGGGGCCCUGCCAGUCGCCGGCCCAGCAGCGCCGCUCGCCCGUGCCCACCUCCAGCCCCUCGCCCGCCCAGCAGCGCCGCUCCCCGGCCCCGCCGCCCUGCCCGUCCCCGGCCUCGGCGUCCCCGCACCGGCUGCCCGGCGAGAGGAUGGAGCUGGGCUACGCCAAGCCCUCCAGCCGCCACAUCAAGGCCGGCUUCCAGGGCCGCCGCAGCUACUCGGAGGUGAGCAACGUGGCCCUGUACCAGCAGAGCCGCUCGCUCUGGCUGCAGCCCGAAGCCUCGACGCUCCCCAAGCACCGGCCCUACGGCGAGGUGUACCUGGGGGGCACAGGGGCCCCCCUGAGCGCCCGCGAGCCCUUCGAGGAGCACGUGCGCUUCGAGAAGCAGUCGUCGGACGAAGAGGACUGGGCGGUCCCCAGCCCCCCCAGCCCCGAGGUGGGGGCUGUCCGCUGCGCCUCCUUCUGCGCCGGCUUCCCCAUCCCCGACGCCGCCGCGCACCGGGCAGCUGCCGCCUAUGCCAGGACCGAGCACGCCCAGUCCUGGCCCUCGAUCAACCUGCUGAUGGAGACGGUGGACUCGGAAAUCCGGAGCUGCCCGCUGUGCCAGCUGGCCUUCCCCAUCGGCUACCCGGACGAUGCUUUGAUAAAGCACAUUGACUCGCACCUGGAGAACAGCAAGAUCUGAGCUCCUCCGCCCGCGCCGCCCUCCUGGCUGCGGGCUGCCCCCUCCCCGGACUUUGGAUGCUGCAUGAGAACACAAGGAGUGACACGGCUCCGAAAUACCUCCAAGUAUUCAGUAGCUGCGGAGGGACUGACCCCACAGGAGCCCCAGGCCCCUCCUGGCCUCGCGUGUAAGUGGGUUUUCCCCACUCCCCCUUGCCCAGUCCCUGCAUCCACGGAGAAUUUGGAUGCUCGAACCAGGAUGCUCGGGAUGCUCUGGGCUGGGUCCGGGGGCUGCUGGUGGGGACCCGCCUGCACCCAUGGGUUUCUCUGCUUGAUCUCAGGGAGGAUUUGAGGGACUGGGUCCUGGAUCUGGCCCCCAGAAAGCAGGUGAAGGGAAGGGGCUGCCCCUUCUGGGGCUCACUGGGUCAGAAUUGGUUGGGGGGGGGAGCUGCUUGUUCUUGGUCCCCCACCUCUUCCCACCAGUUCAAGCAUCUUUCCAGUCUUUUACAUUAAAAGCAUCGCCCCCC